UUCUAUUAAUUUGUAAUCAAUUUUUUUAAAACUACGUUUUGAGCGACAAAGUUACGAAAUUUACUUUACUGCACAGUGCAUGCGUACGCACAUGCGCUUAUGUGUUGACGAGUGUUGACAAAAAUUAAAUUAUAUUAUUAUAGUUGUGUACUUAUUGUUAAUAUGUUACAAAAUAUUGACAUUCGUGAUGCAAGAAAUAAAAAUGUAAAUACAUGUAUCUCUGUAUGAUUAACCAUAAAAACUGAUUAAAAUUAUUCACGAGAUAUUUUACACAUAAAGAACGAAGAUUAAAUAUUAUGGUAGCCCAUAUUAUGUGCUUAACCUCCUCAGGUGGAAUCCCUUUAUUUUCUAGACAGAAGGGAGAUGGAGAUACGAUGACAUUUUCUAAAAUAGCUUCCUUAAAUGGAAUACACAUGUUUCUCAAAUCACAAGAUAUCAAACUUUUAAAUACUGAUUUGCCCGAUACAACGAUAAUGUGGAAAGAAUUUGAACAAAGUAUUGCUUUAAUAGUUAUUGCAAGUGGAACCACAAAAUAUGUUUUAAACAAGUUUCUUGAUGCUGUCUUUGGUGCUAUGAUUUUAUUUGUUGGUAUUGAAGAAUUAAAGAGCACAAAAAAUAUUGAGAAGUUAAAAAAAGAUAUGCGUUUAUGCAGUCCAGUUGUUGACAGUUUAUUACAGUGUAUUGAUGUUGGAGAUGGAAUUUAUUCAAAAACUGAUAUCAUCAAUAUGACAGAAUGCAUUAUGUGUCAAGAAAAUAAUAUACUACAGACUUACUUAGAGGGUUACGUGGAAUGUUUGGAUUCUAUAUAUGGAUGUGUUUUAAUACACGGAUGUUUAGCUGUGGCUACAGAAGGAUGGUGGAGUUUAAAUCCUAUUGAAAGAAAGUUACUAAUAAUAGCUGUUAACAGUGAAGAUACUUAUACUACACGUGACAUUCCUGUAUUUUUACCUUAUAAAAGUCCGAAUAUAGCCUAUAGAUUGGUAUCUGUUAGGCUGAUUAAUUACAUUGAAGUAUUAACAUUGUGUGGACCAAAUCCAGAAUUAUCAGAAAUUGAGAGAUUUGCUGUACAGUGUUGGAAGAAUAGUAUUGAUACCUUACGUAAUGCAGAACAAUGCUAUCCACGAAAUUUACCCAUAUCUAUAAAUUUAGAUUCAGAAACACUUGGAUUUCUAUUGGCAAACUAUAAAGUUCAAAAAUUUAUACUGAGUAAAAAUACUCAGUAUGCCAGAAACAGAAUUAGUGGUUCGCAUAGAUUAGAUAUAUUAAGAACAUUUUACCAUCAAGCUGUGGAGACUUUUAUACUGUCGUCCGAAUCUUACGACGAAACAAACAGCGAUAAUUGGAAAUUCGUCGGCGCAAAGGAAACAUAUUUAUGUUCAGAGUAUCACAAAUGUUAUGCAGUUAAGCAAGGUGAUCAUAUAUUAUGCAUUUUGUAUGCUUCCAUAGUACCUACUCAUACUAUGAGAUUGAUUUGCCAGAAAGUAUUAAAAACAUUACUUGUAGAUAAACAAGGUUGUUGGUAAAACAUCAGUACUAAUAGUACAAU